ACAUGCAAGUGUAUAAACAACACACAGAACGAAAAAGAGAAUAACAGAAUCAGAGAAUCACAGGAUCAUUCUGUGUUUUGCCCUGUGUAAGUGUCAAAAUGUGACUUUUGGUGAAGUUGGCGCCCUAAAAGCUAGCUGUAAAUUAUUUCAUUCGUUUUCCGCACACUGAAGAUCAUUUUACAAAGAAAACGAAAAAAAAGAAAAAGAAAAGAGAAAAAAUCGAAAUCGUGUCGCCUAAGCGCGCCAUUCCCGGUGCAUAAUCACAUAUACCGAUCGUGUUCUCUUUCGUUGUUCCCGAUCAGGAAACGCAGCCAUGGAGGAGUCGCCCGCAUCUGCAAUGGGUUACUCCAGCCGGCCAGCCGUUGCGUCACGUGGCCGCGGUCGCGGUCGUCCACCUAAGUGGGCUACUGUCUUGUCCACAGCGCAUGUUAUUAAAGCGAAUUCAUCAGCGGCUGCAUCGCCCACGCCGCUAUCGCCACUGGAGGCUGAUGCGGAUGGCAGCCCAAGCGAGUGCCGGCGUAGCUCCCGCAAAAAAAUCAUCAAGUUCGAUGUGCGGGACUUGCUCAGUAAGAAUAGGAAGGCGCACAAAAUCCAGAUUGAGGCGCGCAUCGACUCGAAUCCCAAUACCAAUCCCAGCAUCAUCGGCUCCACGGCUUCACCUGGCUUGGCACCAUCCGCCGCCAACAGCAAUAGCAACCGCCUGUUCUCCAUGUUCGAGAGCAGCCACCAGUCCUUGCCGCCUCCACCGCCGCCGCCUCACGCUUUGGAGAUCUUUGCCAAGCCAAGACCCACUCAAAGCCUGAUCGUGGCCCAGGUUACGAGCGAGCCCAGCGCCAAUCCUGUCCAGACGGUAGCCGCCCUUCCAGUGGUGGCUGUCCGGAAGCGCGGUCGCCCUAGGAAAAGUGUUCUGCCGGAAUUGUCAGUUGUUGUCUCUGCUGCUGCUCCUCCUACCGCUCCCAUCUGCUCGGAUUCGGACACCAACUCGAAUUCCGCAAGCACAAGCACCUCCACAGGCAGCGGCAGUGGCGGCGAGACAGCAACUGGAGCUCCUGCUGGCUUGAUGAAGCGAAAGUCCAAGCUACGCGUUUCGGUCAAGCGCUUAAACUUGUCACGGCGUCUAGAGUCGUCGGAUUCGGGUGAGACGCCCUUAAAUAUAACUGUAGUGGGCUCCUGCACCUCUCCGCCGUCGUCUUCUUCGUCAGUGGGGGAUGCCCUAGUGUUACAGGAUGAGAACGCCUUAGAUGAGCAGCCGGAAAAGCUACAGCAGCAGCCACUAAAGGAGCUAGCCACAAUUCAUGUGCCCGGGGAUAACUCCGAUUCCGACUCGCAGAUCAUAUUCAUCGAAAUUGAGACAUCGGACACGGGCAAGGAGGACGAACAGGAGCAGGAACAAGAACAGGAGCACAGGCAGGACCUGCAGGAGCAAGAUCAAAAUCAGGAGCUGCUGCCUCCGGCCGAAGUUGAAGAAAUCGAAAUUGAUAUCGACAAGCAGGAUUCGAAUCCAGCACCAGAGCAAGAUCUCGAUGACAUUAUGGUGGAGGUACUGAGUGAGCCACCCAGUCUCUGGUCAGCCGACGAUGAAGACGAAGAGGAGACGGAAGGAAGGCAAGCGGCGCCUGAAGAGGAAGCAGAAUCCAACGAAUCUUUAUCUCAAGCUCCGCGGCGCAGCCGGAGAUCCAUGCCACCGCGGGGAGGCAGCAGUCAGGGCAAAACGCUUGAGGAGACCUUUGCCGAGAUAGCCGCCGAGAGCAGUAAGCAGAUACUGGAAUCAGAGGAGUCACAGGGCCAGGAGGAGGAGCAGCAUGUGCUAAUAGAUCUCAUCGAGGAUGAUAGCCAGAGUGAGCCGGAGGUACAGGAGGUAGCUGAGGGUAAAGAAGAUAAACCUAAAGAACAGGAACUUCCCCAGGAGGAGACAGAAGUCAAGCCGGAGUUAGAAAAGGUUGCAGCCAGCGCCGAUCAGACGGAGACGGAGACGGAAAUGGUUCCUGACUCGAAUGAUAAAGCUAUUGUUGAAUUCGAAGUAGAAACUAAAGCUGCUACUACUGAUCCGCAACCUAGAGACGAGUCUAAGCCGCUCUUGGAUAUGGAUCAGCCUCAAACUGAAAUAUUUAAAGACUCAACCAAAUCUCUGCCAGAAAUCAUACACUCAGAGCAAAAGCUCCAUACAGAGGUAGAGCCAGAAGUGGAGCCCGAACCAGAAGCUCCGCCUAAGCUCCAAGUUGAAGUUACUAAAGAAGAAGCCUCUCCACCCGCACCCAAAACCCCAGAGGAGUCGCCACAGCCAAUGGAGGAAUCCAAUCCGACUCAGCAAAUAACCGUCGAGAGUAAACAACAAACUGAUUCCGAAGUGGAGCCGACGGAUCGGAUAUCAAAUGAACAAUCUGAUACCCAAGCCCCCACUGAGCAGUCCAGAAAGGGUGAUGAGACUAAACAAACUUCAUUCAGCGAGCAGCAGGUCUCCCUGCCAGUACCAGUAGCAGCAGUUCCAGACGAAAUAAAAAUAGCCAGCAGAGAGUCGCCAUCUUCGUCGUCGCCAGCAUCAGAUGUAAGCAUAAAAAAGUCCAAGAAGGAAGGCCUGACCAAGAAGCCAACUGGGUCUGGGCUGGAAAGGAAGCCGUCGGUAGCAGUGUUCGAGCGAAGAGAACCAAAGAAAAGUUUGCCAGGAAAGAAGGAAAAGCUGCCGGAGAAGAGCUCACCCUCCAGGGAACUGGCACAGAUCACCACUAAAAAGGGUAGGACUAUGGAAACGGAAUCUGAAGCAAAUUCAGCCAAGACUACAAAACCUGUAAAGAGCAUUGCUGGUUCCAAAAGGGAAACAGGAGAGCGCGAGAAAUCCUCGCCAGAAAAUGUUGGUUUACACAAGAAGAAAGAACAUCGGCAAUCUCCACCAGGAAAAGAAAAGGAAACGAGUAAGUCACCCAACUCUUCUUCACAAACAGAAACUUCUUUAACUGAUACAGCCAAGCCUGAGUCUCCUAAGAAUGAAAUAGGCACGAAGAAGCCAGCCAGCGACAGCUCCCCUGCCAAUAAAUCCAAAGACAAGUACUUUGUCGAGUGCGAUGCCAUGUUCAAGGCCAUGGAUAAGGCAAAUGCCCAGAUGCGACUCGAGGAGAAGACCAAGAAGAAGAUCAAGAAAGUGCUGCCGCCUAAGGUGAACUCCCCAGUCCCGGUGUUAACCUCUUCGGCCUCCUUCUCCUUCUCCUCCUCGCCUGCAAGUCUACCAAAGAAGGCGCUGCUACGUAAAACGUACAGUUGCCGUAGGAAUACCGUCUACGAGGACUCACCCAAGCUGGAAAGGAGAACCUCGCCUGGCUCCGAUUCUACCACAGCCCCAAUACGUGUUUCCACGCCCAUGAGCAAGGUCAAGCGAACAAUGAGUAAAUCCAACCUGAAUUCCAGACGCAGCACAAUAUCCGAAGAAGCUCAUGUUCGUGAAAAGGCAAGGGUAUCGCCAGCUUCCCUAUCAUCUUCGGAUUCCUCUUCGAAACGGAAUCCCACGAAGAGGAGAGACUCGACUGAUUUGGCCAAGAUUAAGGAUAAGGCCGCCUCCCCCAAACCCUCCAAAGUGGAGCGUCGGAACACCAUAUGCGAGGAGCGUCAGGCUGGGGCCAGUCCAGCGAUUCCCCUCGUCAAGCGCCGCUUCUCGCUUCAUCCCAAGGCCUCGGCGGAUCUCUUGCCGGACAUCAACAAAACCGCUGGCAAGAAGCGGGGAAGGAAGCCGACCAAGGUCCGCCAAGAUUCACUAGACUCCAGCUCCAGUGCCUCACAGGGACAAACCAGUACGAAGAGUAAAGUUAAGUCUGCGGAGGAUCAUCUUCUUGAAAUCGAAGAGUCGUCGGAAUCCAACUCUUCGGGCAGCAAGACGCAGCGUAGCAGCGGUCAAGCUUCGCCUGAGCUGGAGGCUCCCGACGCCCUCAAGGAUAUAGCCAAAUUCAUUGAGGAUGGCGUCAAUCUUCUCAAGCGUGACUACAAGCUAGCCGAUGAGGAGUCUCAGCCAGAGAAAGAGGGACAAACGGAGGAGGAGGAGCAGCAGCAGGUCAAGCAACAGGAGCAGACGCCCCUUACUGAAGAGGAUGAGUUUUCGCAGCGGGUGGCCAACAUGGAGACACCGGACACAACGCUCUCUCCCUCGCCCACUCAAUCCAACUCCGAGGAGACCUCCAACAACGGUGGCGGUGGUGUGCGUCGCUCGCAUCGCAUCAAACAGAAGCCCCAGGGACCCAAGGCUAGCCAGGGCAGAGGAGUGACCAGCAUGGCCCUAGCUCCAAUCAGCAUGGAUGAGCAACUGGCCGAGCUGGCCAACAUUGAGGCCAUAAACGAGCAGUUCCUGCGCAGCGAAGGACUCAACACGUUUCAGGCUUUGAGGGAGAACUACUACCGGUGUGCCAGACAGGUGAGCCAAGAGAAUGCGGAGAUGCAGUGCGAUUGCUUCCUCACAGGUGACGAAGAGGCACAGGGACACCUUUGCUGCGGCGCUGGGUGCAUCAACCGAAUGCUGAUGAUCGAGUGCGGCCCACUGUGCACCAAUGGGGAUCGUUGCACUAACAAACGCUUCCAGCAGCACAAAUGCUGGCCCUGUCGAGUCUUUCGCACCGAAAAAAAGGGUUGCGGCAUUACAGCAGAGUUGCAAAUACCUCCUGGUGAAUUUAUAAUGGAAUAUGUUGGCGAAGUCAUCGAUAGUGAGGAGUUUGAGCGGCGACAACAUCUCUACUCGAAGGACCGAAAGCGACAUUAUUACUUUAUGGCUCUGCGCGGUGAGGCCAUAAUAGAUGCCACCUCCAAGGGAAACAUCUCAAGGUUCAUUAAUCACAGUUGCGAUCCCAAUGCCGAGACGCAAAAAUGGACUGUCAACGGGGAGCUGCGCAUUGGUUUCUUCAGCGUGAAACCCAUCCAACCUGGCGAGGAGAUAACGUUCGAUUAUCAGUAUCAGCGAUACGGCAAGGAUGCUCAGCGUUGCUACUGCGAGGCCACCAACUGCCGUGGCUGGAUAGGUGGUGAGCCGGACUCCGAUGAGGGUGAGCAGCUGGAUGCGGACAGCGACAGCGAUGCGGAACUAGAGGAGGAGUUGGAACUGGAGCCGGAGGCAGCCGACCAGGAUGCUGGGGAGUCUCGAAAGAUAACCAAAGCUAAAAUUCCGUCGAAGGUCAAGGUUAAGCAGUCGUCUACGACCGCCGUACGGAAACGCAAGGAGCAGGUCAAGCCCAAGGAUCGGGAAUACAAGGCCGGACGCUGGCUGAAGCCCAGUGCUGCUGCUGGUGGUGGCUCAGGAUCGGGGGAGAAGGCUUCACGGAAGCCGAAGGUCAGCAAGUUCCAUGCCAUGCUCGAGGAUCCCGAUGUGCUGGAGGAGCUCUCGCUGCUUAGUCGCAGCGGGCUGAAGAACCAACUGGACACGCUCCGCUUCUCGCGCUGUAUGGUGCGAGCCAAGCUACUGCAGACCCGUCUCCAACUUCUGGUGGUGCUCACACGCGGAGAGCUGCCCUGCCGUCGUCUUUUCCUUGACUAUCAUGGCCUCAGAUUGCUCCAUGCCUGGAUCAGUGAGAAUGGCAAUGAUAACCAGCUGCGGGAAACCCUACUUGACGCCCUCGAGGCGCUGCCCAUACCCAAUCGCACCAUGCUGAACGACAGUCGUGUCUACCAGAGUGUCCAGCUGUGGAGCAGUAGCCUGGAGCAGAAUCAGCCGCCUUCAGGAGGAGCAGAGAUGGACCAAGCUCAGUCUGCCCUUCACAAGCGCAUGGUGGCCCUCCUCCAGAAAUGGCAAGCUCUGCCUGAGAUCUUCCGCAUUCCCAAACGAGAACGCAUCGAACAGAUGAAGGAGCACGAACGGGAGGCGGAUCGACAGCAAAAGCAUGCCCUGCAUGCCAGCACUGCUCUAGAGGAUCAGCGGGAGCAGCGUGAGAGCACCAGCGACCGCUACAGGCAGGAUCGUUUCCGUCGGGACACAACCAACAGUCGGAUCAGCAAGCCCAUUCGCAUGAGUGGCAACAAUACCAUCUGUACGAUCACCACACAACCGAAGGGUAAUGGUAAUGGUUCCACGGAGAGUAGCGCCGGAGCCGGCAACGGUAGCACGGUUAGGAACGAUAAUCGGCGUCGGUCCGAUAUAAGCGGAACUCCGACGGAGUCAAGACGAACGCUGUCCAAGGAGUUAAGGCGUAGCCUGUUUGAGCGAAAGGUGGCCCUGGACGAGGCGGAGAAGCGAGUUUGCAGCGAGGAUUGGAAGGAGCAUGAGCUACGCUGUGAGUUCUUUGGCGCCGAUCUGAAGACUGAUACCAAGCAGCUACCCUUCUACCAGAACACAGAAACUGGCGAGUGGUUUAAUAGUGAGGAUAAGCUAGUGCCCACGCCCCAGCGUACGGAGCAGCAGACGCAAGCAAUGGCCUCGCCGGAAGAGUCGGAGGACGGAACGCCGUUUCCUCAAGCUGUGGAAUACAAACUGCCCGCCGGUGUGGAUCCACUGCCGUCAUCCUGGAACUGGCGGAUAACGCCCGAUGGUGAUAUCUACUACUAUCAUCUCCGUGAGCGCAUAUCCCAAUGGGAACCACCGACCGCUGAGCAGCGCCUCCAGACUCUGUUAGAGGAGGAUGCAACGCAACAGCCGCUACAUGAGCUUCAGAACGAUCCCGAGCUGCUCGCCAACGAGCUAAUUCAAGUGGACACAGACUAUGUGGGCUCUCUCAGUACCAAAUCCCUGGCCCAAUACAUUGAGGCCAAGGUAAAGGAGCGCCGGGAGCUGCGACGAAAUCGCUUGGUCUCCGUCCGGGUGAUCAGUCCCAGGCGGGAUGAGGACCGCUUGUACAACCAGCUGGAGUCCCGCAAGUACAAGGAGAAUAAGGAGAAGAUCCGGCGUCGCAAAGAAAUCUAUCGUCGGCGCAAACCAGAUGACACAACAAUUGUUGUUCCUACGCCCCCGACAGACCAAGAUGCGUCUCCUGGCAACUCCUUGCCUAUACAGGGUUAUCUCUACUCGUCCGAUGAAGAAGCGGCGGAUAUAACGGCUGCUGUUGCUGGCGGGGAGCCGCUUCCCGUCGGUGAUCUUGUGGCAAAAGCCACAAAAGUCGACGAAUUGGAUGCAUUGAACAUGGAACCGAGCACCAGUCAGGCUGCCCUGGCGGCUCUGGCCAGUGGAUCGUCGUUGCUAGGCAGCAAGCGCAAGCUACCGAUGCCGCCUCAUGUGCCGGAGGUCAAGAAGCAACGCUCGGAUAAUCGUACCAAGAAGACCAAGGGCACGGUGCCGCCCGUAAAGUUACGUGAGGCCCAGGAGAAGUUUCGCUUCGAUGUCAGCGGCCUUGUGGCCGAGCUACUGCGUCCUUAUCGCAAGGAAAGCUGCAAAGUGGGACGUAUUUGCAGCGAUGAGGACUACAAGUUCUUGAUAAAGCGGUUGAGCCAACACAUCACUGCCAAGGAGAUGCGUUACUGUGACGAGUCUGGACAUGCCCUGUCCUGCACCGAGUCUGUAAGACACAAAUCAUAUGACUUUAUCCACCAAUACAUGCGUAAGAAGGGCCGCGUCUAUCGGAAACCAGCAGACCCAACACCAAUUUAAAACUUUACAAACAGCACUCAUUCGCCAAGAGAUCGUUUAACACUAGAAGAGCCCCUUCCAAAUCCUCCAGACGGAAUGAAAACUAUACAUUUGUAGGAUGAAAGUAGUAUGUAGGACAUAAAAGUAGCAUGACCUACCCUUCAAGGCGGGGUAGUUUUGAAAUAAUUUCAAUUAGAAAUAAUAGUAAGAGAAUCAGCAAUCAUAUACCAGUUACUAGUUAGGCAUUUAAGAAGAACACAAAACUAAUACAAUAUUUAUGUUUACGUUCCGUUUACGUUUACGUUGUAGCUGUCCCCCAAGCAUGUACAUACAUAUUAUCGUUAAGCAUAAAAAUUUCCUA